CUUCAUUACAAAAAAAGAGAAACAUUAUUUGUCUGUGUGUCUUGGGUUAAUUUCGUUCCGUGGCUUAGAUAAAGUCACAACCUUGAUUGAACCUGCUUUAGGAACUUUUUCUCUUUUUUUUUAUAUCUUUUUAAACAACAUAAAAUGUACUUGAUGUAUUAUUUGAAUGACAAGGGUGAACGUAUCUACACUCUUAAGAAAGUAGAUCCCACCGGCAUGCCCACCAAAUCUGCUCACCCUGCUAGAUUCUCUCCUGACGACAAGUACUCUCGUCACCGUAUUACUAUCAAGAAGAGAUACAACAUUUUGCUUACUCAACUUCCUUCUCGUCCUUAUUAAUCUGUGUACAUAUUUAUUCACAAUAAAAAGUGUCAUUUGCAUUUCUUUUUUUUUUUUUUAAGAGGGGGAG